GGACGCGGCCAACCACAACAAAUGUUGAAUGUGUCAAAUGCAAAGUAAAUAAUAACAAUUUCAAAUUACAAAUUCAUAGUUGUAACUUUACGAUUAAAAGUGCAAAGCAGUCUAUUUCUUAAUAUACAGUUUGCACAAAGACAAUUGUCAACAGAAAUACGUCAACGGUCUCGAACUGCAGUCAAUUAAAUAAAAUGCAGGCGAAUCCAAGUGUUUCAAGUGUUGUUUCGUCAACAGCUACACCAAAUCCGGUGAUUGUCGACACCGUCGACCAGGUGAAAGUAGCGUUGAAAGAUUUUACGGAACUUCGUUGUUUAUCGUCCGCUUUUAAUGCGUUUAUGGUUCAUGAUGCCAGCGUGUACGAGGAAUUGGUGAGCUCCAUGUAUGAAAGGAUAGCCAAGAUAUUUAAGGAAACGUCCAACCAGGAAUCACUCGAGAAUGGCGUGAAACACAUUGUCUCCGUAGCUAGUGGGCAUACUAAUGAGGAGACGGUCCAAGUUAUGAUUAGCAUUUUAGAACAACUUGUUUCAAACUCAGUUGUGACUGCGAGACUUGUCUGCGAAUCCCUACUGAACAAUGAUAGGAUGGUGUUCAAGAAUUCUAAGUUUUGGAUUAAGAGUUUUGUAUUAAUUAGAAAAAUUAUUGGAAGAGUUGAUUACAAAGGAGUAAGAGAAAUAAUGAAGACUUGUUUAGAUAAGAUUGGGAUGUUCCGGUUUCCAGACCAAGUUCCACCAUCAACUUUGCCUCAAUUAAAUGCUAUAAUUCGACUUCUUCAACAUAUAUUUGACCGCUCGGCAUGUCUUCUUCCAGCAUACUUCAUAGUGAAUGAAAUCUUGAAAAAUUAUCCGGAUAACCGGAACUAUCCUCCACACGAACUUUCAAAACUUCCAUCUCAGCACUGGAGCGUCAGUUUAUUAAUGUCGCAAUUGGUGGACAGUUUUAAGCCUACAGCACAAAUUGUCACAAUAAUCGGCCGAUCAAGAAUGCUUCCAGUGGUCGAACAUUCCGGUCACGCAGGCUACUUGAUAAUGUCUUGGAAGUUAGAUCCAACUACAUUAAGAUUCAUGUUGAAAGGAAGUCUUCCAUAUGAUAAGGAGCUACUCAAACCUCAAGACCGUUUGUUGAGAUACAUUCUUGAGCAACCAUACAGUAGGGAUAUGGCAUGUGCAAUUUUAGGUUUGCAAAAGCAGCACAAAUUGAGGUGCUCGGCAUUGGAAGAAAGAUUGGUGGAACUCAUUUUGGCUGCAAUGGAACGUACAGAGGCCGAGAUGGGUCAGACAUCGGAUGGACAGUCAGGAUCUGAUGAAGCAUUACCAUCCACUUUGUCCUUGUGGCAGCACUUAUCAACCCAAGUGAUAUUUUUUGUGCUGUUCCAGUUUGCCAGUUUCCCACAUAUCGUUACUAACCUAUACAUAAAGAUUUCCGAUGUAAAGUUGUUCAAAGGACGAGAUUUUCUUAUGUGGAUUCUACUUCAGUUCAUUUCUGGAAGUAUUCAAAAGAAUCCUCUUAGUGAUUUUCUUCCUGUACUGCGUUUGUAUGACGUUUUAUAUCCUGAAAAAGAUCCAUUGCCAGUGCCUGAUAUGACAAAACCUGUUGCCACUGCUCAAUUAUCUGCCACAUGUAUAUGGAUCCACAUUUUGAAAAAGGCACAAGGCGAAAAUCAAACACUACCAAGACCACUACCGUCAACGCUAAAAACUCAAUACGAUUAUCUUCAAAGCCUGGUGCAACCAUCAAGCUCUCAAAUUCCAUUACAAGUCAAUGACUAUCGCGUUGCUCUAUUAUGCAACGCUUAUUCGACAAAUCAAGAGCAUUUUUCUCGGCCAAUGGCUGCUUUAGUAGAAGCAAUUCACGGGAGCUCAACUGGAACUCUAACUGCUACUCAAAGUCCCACGACGCCUCUCUCCGUCCAGACAUUGGAUUCUCUAACAGUGCACACAAAGAUGAGUCUAAUUCAUAAUAUUGUAACUCACAUUAUGAAAGUUGCUCAGUCAAAGUUAAACCAAAAUUUGGCUCCGGCUUUAAUUGAGACCUACGCAAGAUUGUUAGUCUAUAUGGAAAUCGAAUCUUUGGGAAUCAAAGGCUUUAUUUCACAACUUUUGCCAGCAGUAUACAAGUCGCAAGCGUGGGGAAUUUUACAUACUUUGUUGGAAAUGUUCUGUUAUCGCUUGCACCACAUUCAACCUCAUUAUCGCGUUCAAUUGUUGACGCACUUGCAUUCUUUAGCUACUAAUAGCCACACCAGUUCCGCACAACUGCAUUUAUGUGUUGAAAUGACUUCUCUACGAUUGAUUACCGGAUUUAAUAGUGUUGAGGUAAUGACCCAACUGUCACGUGUUAUUGGAGAAACAAAGUCUCUUGUGUCGACAGAGUCAGAAGAAUUGAAUCGAGCAUUGGUGCUGACGAUUGCUAGAGCGAUACAUGUCACUGGUGCUGAUGGAGUGGCAAGUGGAACUUGGUUUAAAGAAAUAUUGAAUGCAAUAAUGCAAAAUACUCCGCACAACUGGUCCACUCAUACUCUGCAAUGUUUUCCACCCGUUCUUGCUGAAUAUUUUCAACAAAACCAAGUCCCUAAAGAAAAUAAGCAACAAUUAAAGAAUAUGGUGGAAGAGGAAUAUCGAAACUGGAAUGCCAUGAUUUCAAAUGAACAUGAGUUAAUUGAACAUUUUUCAAUGCAAGGCAAUCCAGCUUUGUUUCUUUGUAUAGUAUGGAAAAUGUUGAUUGAAGCUAUUUCAGAAACUGAAAGGAUUAAUCCCUUGGUGUUCAAAGUGAUUGAAAGAAUUGGUCCUAAAGGUCUGUCGGGACACUUGAGAAAAUUCUGUGACUACAUUAUUUGUGAAUUUGGCGCACAUCGUAGUGCCACACCUCAAGGAUCAAAUGUUGUGAUCUUAAAACUGGUAGAUUCUAUUAUGGAGAUGGUCUGGAAAUAUAAUAUCGUCCCCUUUGAUCGGUUCAUUUUAUGCAUGGCACUUCGAACGAAUGAAGGGAACGACGCUCAAAUGUGUUACUUCAUGAUGAACCUUUUGAUGUUCAAGAACGCUGAAUUUCAAAAUCGCGUUAGUGAGUUCAUACAAGAAAAUUCUCCAGAACACUGGAAACAAAAAAACUGGCACGAAAAGCACAAAAGUUAUCACUUAAAGUAUCCUGAAGUAUUCCUCUUUGAAGACCAGCAACAAAAUCAGUUGCCCGUUUAUUUUGGAAACGUUUGCGUGCGAUUCCUUCCAGUAUUGGAUAUCCUAAUCCAUCGGUUUUUGGAAAUAAAUUCUGAUAAAAGUAUUGAAAUGACAUUGUUGCGCAUGGGUACACUCUACAAGUUUCACGACCGACCAAUCACGUAUUUAUACAAUACAUUUCAUUAUUACGAAACGCGUUUGCGAGAUAAGCCAUUACUGAAGAGAAAAUUGGUAUCUUCAAUAAUGGGAUCUUUGGGGGAUGCCAAACCUCCGAAUUUUGCCCUGACAGAGCAUUACAAUAAUUAUGUUGCGACUAAUACUGAUGAUGUCAAUUGGACCCCAGAGAUUAGUUAUUACGCAGCUUUGAUCUCAAGAUUUGUGGAUGUAAUCGAAGGGAAGAAGCGCUUUUUUUCUGUGGUCGAUUGGCGAUACAACGAAUUUCCGAACCCUGCAGCUCAUGUACUUCACUGCACGUGCAUUGAAAUUAUGGCUAUACCAGUUGUUCCAUCUCUUGCUGGAUCAGCAAUUCUGGACGUUGUAAUGUUAGGACGAGCAAUGAUGAAUUCGAAAGAGUCAUCAAUAGAAGAUAUGGAAGCAUGGAUGAAUGCAACGGGACUCAUUCUAGUAUCGCUCCCUGACCCAUAUUGGCUCAUGCUACAUGAUAGAUUAGUGUCCACCGUUGAAAUCGGACUUCAAACUUGGUCUCAUAAUUGCUCCCCGCUUACCCUAUUUAACUUCAAAGCCACCUUUAAUGGCUUAUUAUUCAAUGAAUAUGCUAACUUAUUGGCAAUUACACAUGCGGUGUGGCACCAUCUAGGGAGUGGUCAUUUGCAUCAUAUUCAAAAUCUAGUGACUGAGAGAAUAUUACCAAUCUUGACGAAUGAAGUUCAACUCCUUUUCGUUUGUCAUUUGGUUGCCCCCUUCCUACAGAGAUUUAAUGGUGAAAAACCUGCAAUGGUUUGCCGUUUGACAAUAGCCUUGUACGAGCUACUUGAAAAGGUUGACAAGUCUACGCCUCUUGAAACUCCACUGGUGUAUAUGGACGUGUUUUGUGACUUGUUGUACCAUAUAAAAUAUAUGUUUACUGGAGAUAUUGUUAAAACAGAAGUCGAAGCAAAAAUAAGAUGUCUUCGACCAGUUCUUCAACUACGACUUCGGUUCAUAACCCACUUGAAUAUUGAAGACAUUGCAACACAUUCGUCUUCAUCAUUAUCUUUAACUAGCAAUAAUCAAUCCCAGCAGCAGCAAUUGCCUCAGUACCCUCCAAUAAGUUCAAGUACACAGCAACCCAUUCCAACUAUGAUGGAGGUAUAGUAAGUACAUAAUACUCGUACUAUAAUAGUUGUUAUUUUCAUCUAUUUAUGUAUGCACUAAAAAUAUGACUCAAUGUAUAAAAGAUAAAAAUAUAAUGAAUACCCAACAUUACCAAGUCUUGUAAGAUACUUUAUAUUUUAUCAAUGUGCUGGUGUUAGUAAAAAAAAUAAUUUUAUUAAAAAGCAUUAUGUGACAAUUAUGUGACAAUUAUGAUUUAUAAUUGAACCGAAAAAAUAAAGUAGACAUAAUAUAUCUAGAACCAUAUGUAUGUAAUAUAAGUAUUCAAUAUAAAUAACACCCAAGUGAACACUGCAA